AUGGCUUUCCAUGCGGAGGGGCUGGUGGCCAUAAUUGUAUUCUACCUGGCUAUCCUGGCGGUUGGGAUAUGGGCUGCUUGGAAAACCAAGAACACUGGCAGCGAAGGAGAUCGCAGCGAAGCUAUUAUAGUCGGUGGACGAGACAUUGGCUUGCUAGUUGGUGGAUUUACAAUGACUGCUACAUGGGUUGGAGGAGGUUAUAUCAACGGGACAGCAGAAGCUGUUUAUGUCCCAGGCUAUGGUCUAGCUUGGGCUCAGGCACCUAUCGGAUAUUCCCUUAGUCUGAUUUUAGGUGGCCUUUUUUUUGCAAAACCUAUGCGAUCCAAAGGCUAUGUGACAAUGUUAGACCCUUUUCAGCAGCUUUAUGGAAAAAGGAUGGGAGGGCUACUGUUUAUUCCAGCUUUAAUGGGAGAAAUGUUUUGGGCUGCUGCCAUCUUCUCUGCCUUAGGAGCCACUAUAAGUGUGAUCAUUGACGUCAAUAUCAAUAUUUCAGUCAUUAUAUCUGCCCUGAUUGCAACUAUGUACACGCUUGUUGGAGGGCUUUAUUCUGUGGCCUACACUGAUGUAGUUCAGCUCUUCUGCAUUUUCCUGGGACUGUGGAUCAGCGUACCCUUUGCAAUGUCCCACCCCGCAGUGACAGACAUUGGGCUCACGGCUGUGCACCACGUGCACCAAGCACCUUGGCUUGGAUCUAUCAACUCACUUGACAUUUACACAUGGCUCGACAAUUUCCUUUUACUGACCUUAGGAGGAAUCCCAUGGCAAGCUUAUUUCCAGCGAGUUCUCUCUUCGUCUUCUGCCACAUAUGCUCAAGUUUUAUCAUUUCUGGCUGCUUUUGGCUGUAUUGUGAUGGCUCUUCCUGCAAUACUCAUUGGUGCAAUUGGAGCAUCUACAGCCUGGAAUGAGACUGAGUAUGGUGUCCCUGAUCCCAUGACUAAAAAAGAAGCAGAUAUGAUUUUACCGAUCGUGCUCCAGUACCUUUGCCCAGUCUAUAUCUCAUUCUUCGGCCUCGGCGCAGUAUCUGCUGCUGUGAUGUCAUCAGCUGACUCUUCAAUUUUAUCAGCAAGUUCUAUGUUUGCUCGAAACAUUUACCAGCUUUCCUUUCGGCAAAACGCUUCAGACAGGGAACUCGUGUGGGUCAUGAGAAUCACCGUUUUCCUUUUUGGAGCAUCAGCAACAGCAAUGGCACUGCUAGCUUCAUCCGUUUAUGGCCUGUGGUACCUCAGCUCUGACCUUGUCUAUAUCAUCAUAUUCCCCCAGCUCCUGUGUGUGUUGUUUAUUAAAGGAACCAAUACCUAUGGUGCCAUUGCGGGAUACUUAUUUGGCCUUGUCCUCAGAAUAACUGGAGGAGAACCAUACCUCUACCUUCAGCCCUUGAUCUACUACCCUGGCUGCUAUCCAGAUGAAAAUAAUAUCUAUAUCCAGCGAUUCCCAUUCAAAACGCUUGCUAUGCUUACCUCCUUCUUUACUAACAUUAUAGUGUCCUAUUUAGCCAAAUACUUAUUUGAGAGCGGGACUUUGCCACCAAAGCUGGACUUCCUUGAUGCUGUUGUUGCCAGGUACAGUAGAGAACACAUGGACAAAGCAACUCUUGUAAAAAGUGACAAUAUUGUAUUAAACGAACUUGCACCUGUGAAUCCACGACACAGUCUAACUUUGAGCUCAACUUUCACAAACAAGGAAGCCUUCAAUUAUGUUGACUCAAGUCCAGAGCUGUCCAACGCUGAAGACAAUUAA